AUGGAUCCCCUGUCGCGUGAUGCCCGUGCUUCCAACUUACCGUCAUAUUACCGUGGAUUUUAUGAUGCUCAGCAGCGUCGGCCGACAAAGAAUGUGGAACCCUCCGUCACGCAGGCGUUUGGUGGUGCUUUCUUGGCCGCAGUUCCGCUCGCUGCACUAUACUUUUUUCUGAGGCGCCGAUCCGCCGCUGCCGUGAAAGUUGCGGCGCCCAAUGCAAAACCCUCGGGCUUUUUUGCAGACGUGAUGAAAGCAAUGCAAAAACAAAUGAACCCACUGGGGGACAAAAAUUUCCGUGUGGACGUGACAGACACCAAGUUCAAGGAUGUUAUUGGCAUCCCAGAGGCAGUGGAAGAAAUCCAGCAGUACGUUAAGUUUCUUCAGACUCCGGAGCGUUUCACACGGCUAGGGGCGCGGCUUCCCAAAGGUUGUCUGCUGACGGGCCAGCCCGGAACGGGGAAAACGUUAUUGGCGAAGGCCGUGGCUGGGGAAGCUGGUGUUCCCUUCUUCUCCUGCAGUGGGGCGGACUUCAUUGAAGUGUACGCGGGCUCUGGGCCCAAGCGUGUCCGGGAGCUCUUUGCGGAAGCAAAGAAGGUGGCGCCAUCCGUCGUUUUUUUAGACGAGAUUGACGCUGUUGGGACUCGUGGCGGCGAACAGGAUGCUGGCGGCGUGACUUCGGAGGAAAACCGGACCGUCAAUCAACUUCUUGCUGAACUUGACGGCCUCGGCGCAAGCGAGGCCGUGGUUGUGUUUGCAGCCACAAAUUUUAUGGAUAACAUAGACAAGGCUCUCCUACGUGAAGGUCGGUUUGACCGCAAGAUCGAGGUGCCUAUGCCCGAUCGCCAAGCACGGGAAGAUCUUUUUAGGCAUUACCUUAAGAGAAUUGUCGCGUCUGACGUGGAGGUCAAAGCACAACGUCUCGCGGGGCUUACUCCAGGGGUGUCUCCAGCAGCCAUAUCGACCAUCGUGAAUGAGGCGGCCCUCGCGGCUGCGGUGCGGGGCGACGGCGAGGUGACGGAGCAGACAUUGCUUCCGGCUGUCGAUGAUGUUCUUCUAGGGAAAAAGCACCGCAGUUACAUGACUGACGCAGCGCUUCGCCGUGUAGCCUUGCACGAAAGCGGGCAUGCGCUUGUAGCGUGGCUACUUCCACAACAACCCGACGUUGUUAAGCUGUCCGUGACGCCGCGUGGAUGUGCGGCGGGUUUCACCCAGCAACUAGGAAGGGAGGCACUCGAUAUGCACACUGAUUUGUCACUCUUCACGGACCUCUGUGUUUUACUCGCUGGGCGCCUUGCAGAAGCCACGCGCUACGACGGACUCACAACGGGGGCACAGGACGACUAUCAACGCGCCACGCAAGCUGCCAUACAGCAGUUUCUUUCAUUCGGCAUGUCUCAAAGCGUUGGGUUACUUGCAUACGAACCGCAGAGACUGAAUGAGGGUCGAAUUUAUCAACGUCACUCCGAGAAGGCGCAAGCGAUGGCCGAGGUUGAAGCUGCACGUCUGGUCGAAGUUGCACAACGCUUUACGCAGACGCUCAUUGCUGCAAAUGCAAACACUCUGCACAGAGUGGCGGAUGCCCUGGUGGUCAAGCGGGAACUUCUUUCCGAUGAAUUGGCGGCUUUGAUGGGAAAGCGGGGAACAGUACGGUUGACGAAAGAAGCAAAAGAAGCGCUUGCUGAAUUUUUGAGGAAGGCUGAGGAACACAGGCCCUCGUUCAGUGAUGUGACAGCCUGA